AUGCCCAAUAAGGUGGAAUGGAAGCUUUUAACUAGAGUUGAAUAUGAACGUAUUAGAGUGGAUAAUCCUAUAGUAGAAUUAGAUGGUGAUGAGAUGACCAGGAUAGUAUGGCAGAUGAUAAAAGAUAAGUUGAUAUUCCCAUUCUUGGAUAUGGAUAUUGAUUAUUAUGAUCUAUCACUCACUAGUAGAGACAAGACUAAUGAUGAGAUAACAAUUAAAGCAGCAAAGGCCAUCCUCAAGUAUAAUGUUGGCGUAAAGUGUGCUACUAUUACUCCGGAUGCUGCACGAGUUGAGGAAUUCAAACUAAAGAAGAUGUGGAAAAGUCCGAAUGGUACUAUUCGUAACAUACUUGAUGGUACAGUCUUCAGAGCUCCUAUAAUAAUAAGGAACAUUCCGCGAUAUGUCCCUGGUUGGGAGUAUCCAAUUGUUAUUGGUCGUCAUGCUCAUGCUGAUCAGUACAAGUGUGAACAGUUCCAGACGGAUAAUAUUCCUGGGAUCGUAGACUUGGUAUUUCAUCCUAGUGAUGGAUCCGCGAGUAAGACCGUAAGACUCUUUGAAUUCAAAGAGAAGGAUGAAGGCGGUGUCGUUAUGGGCAUGUAUAAUACUAAGAGAUCUAUUGAAAGUUUUGCCAGAUGUUGUUUUACAUAUGCAUUAGGCCAGGGUAUGCCGCUUUACUUCUCCUCUAAGAAUACUAUACUUAAAGCUUAUGAUGGGAUGUUCAAGGACAUAUUCCAACAGUUAUAUGUUGAGGAAUACAAGAGUGCUUUUGAUAAGGCUGGUCUAUGGUAUGAACAUCGUUUGAUUGAUGAUAUGGUGGCGCAAGCUAUUAAAUCUAAAGGUGGUUUUGUAUGGGCAUGUAAGAAUUAUGAUGGAGAUGUCCAGUCUGAUAUCGUUGCUCAAGGUUACGGAUCAUUAGGAUUAAUGACUUCCAUCCUAGUGUGUCCAGACGGUAAGACAGUAUUAUCAGAAGCAGCUCAUGGUACUGUAACAAGGCAUUUUAGAGCAUACCAAAGAGGUGAGAAGACAUCAACUAAUCCAAUAGCAUCAAUAUUCGCUUGGUCAAGGGCUCUCAACCAACGGGCUAUACUCGAUGAUAAUUCUAGAUUAAAGCACUUUGCUCAGGCUCUAGAAGAGGCAUGUAUUGAAUCUGUGGAAGCUGGAUAUAUGAGUAAAGACUUGGCGAUAUGUGUAGCUGGUACAUCAAAGGUAUCCUCUGAACAAUAUCUAACUAGUGAGGAUCUUAUUGACUACUUCUCUGAAAGAUUAAAGGUAAAGUUGGCGAAACCAUUAAGGAAACGUUAUGCACUUGUUGGACCUCGUUUGGACCCUCCACAAUACAAAUCUGAGGAUCAGUAA